UCGUUAUUAUGGCUGAUGGUGUUCUAAGAGGAUUUGUUCGGGAUUUUUUUGCGGUCAAAUAUGAUCCCGUCCAACAUGACCCACAGGCAAAUGUUAUCGAUGGCUCGGGACGUUGUUAUCCGAAUUGUGAUUCCAGCGUAUGGCUGAGAUCUUGUGUAAAGGAAAUAAUUGAACCUCUGGAGGGACAUGUCAUUGGCAAUAUACCCACAUGGUUAAAUGGUAGCCUAUUGCGUAAUGGCCCUGGCAAUUGGAAGGUUGGCGAUAUGACCUUCCAACAUUUAUUCGAUUGUUCGGCACUGCUGCAUCGCUUUGCCAUUCAUAACGGCAAUGUGACCUAUCAGAAUCGUUUUGUACAAACGGAGACAAUGAAAAAGAAUAAUGCUGCCCAAAGAAUUGUGGUAACGGAAUUUGGUACAGCCUCUGUGCCAGAUCCAUGCCAUUCAAUAUUUGAUAGGGUCUCAGCAAUAUUUCGUCCUGAUAGUGGUUCCGACAAUACAAUGAUCUCAAUAUAUCCUUUUGGGGAUGAGUUCUAUACAUUUACAGAAAACCCCAUGAUACAUAGAAUAAAUCCCCGCACAUUAGCCACCGAGGGGCGGAUUUGUGUCACAGAUUAUACAGGUGUUGUAAAUCAUACCUCUCACCCGCAUGUUAUGCCCAAUGGCACUGUCUACAAUUUGGGUAUGGCAUCAACAAAAUCGGGCCCAGUUUACAACAUUAUCUGCUUUCCACAUGGUGAAGGUAUGUUCGAAAAUGCCUAUGUGAAGGCUCAAAUACCCUGUCGAUGGAAGUUGAAUCCUGGUUAUAUGCACACAUUUGGAGUGACGGAUAACUAUUUCAUAAUUGUCGAACAACCUUUGUCCGUAUCGCUGCCGGAAUUCUUAAAGGCACAAAUAUUCAAUCAAAACUUCUCAGCCUGUCUGAAAUGGUUCGAUAACAAACCCUGCAUAUUUUAUUUAGUUGAACGCCGUAGCGGUGAAGUUGUGCACAAAUUUCAAUCCGAUCCAUUUUUCUACCUCCAUAUUAUUAAUCAAUACGAACAGGAUAAUCAUGUGGUCAUUGAUAUUUGUUGUUAUAAAAAUCCCGAAAUGAUCAAUUGUAUGUAUUUGGAAUCGAUGAUGAAUAUGCAAUCGAAUCCAAAUUAUGCCUCACUGUUUCGGGGUAGACCUCUAAGGUUUGUGCUCCCACUGGCAAGUAAAUCACAAGAGGAUUUAAUCAGUGAAUCGCAACGUCAACUGGGACGAAGACAAAGACUUAUGAAAUCCUUUACGCUCUCGGGUAUCAGUGCAAGACUACAACAACCAAAAUUGAAACGUUCUCAAACCGAAUAUGAGGAUAUCAAUUUUGCGAUGAAUAAUAAUCCCGAAGUGACCAAAGAUGAUUACAAUUUUACGAGUAAAAAUGAAAAAUAUGAACUGUCAGAGAAUUUAAUAACUCUGAGGAAUACCAAAGCGGAGGCGUAUCAUACAUCGAAUAAUGGUCCAAUAUUUGUGAGACCAGAAAUGCUUUGUGAUCUCGGCUGUGAAACACCUCGCAUAAAUUAUGAACGAUAUUUGGGUAAACCUUAUCGAUAUUUCUAUGCAAUUAGUUCCGAUGUGGAUGCAGAGAAUCCGGGAACGUUAAUCAAGGUCGAUGUUGUCAAUAAAACCUGUCAGACAUGGUGCGAAGAUGACUGCUACCCUAGUGAACCGAUAUUUGUGCCCUCACCCAAUUCACAGGAUGAAGAUGAUGGCGUCAUUUUAGCCUCAAUGGUUUGGGGUGGAUUCAAUGAGAAUAAAGUUGGUCUACUGGUGUUGUGUGCUAAGACCUUUACCGAAAUGGGUCGUUGUGUUUUCCACACCAAUGGACCGGUACCCAAGUGCCUGCAUGGUUGGUAUGCCAAGGAUAUUGUGUAA